AUGGAUCCUGUUAUCUUAAAAUUUAUCUCAGAAGAUGAUCUUUCAUAUGAAGAGCAGCUUCUCAAAGAUCCAACUAACGAACAAUUAUGGCUGCAGUACUACGAACACAAAAAAGCGGCUACAAAUGCCAAUAAGCAAGCAUUAAUAUUCUUGCUGUAUAGGGGUGUGAAUAAGUUGCGUAAUUCAGUUAAACUAACAAUGCUAUAUUUAAAUCUUCUUGUUUCUACAAUCGAUAACGACAACAAAUGCACUGAGUCAAUACAGCAAAUUGCAGAUGCAUUUUCAAGGGCUUCCGUAAACAUUUCUGACCAGUUAGAGCUUUGGUUACUUUUCUGCAGCUUCCUUACAAAAAAUGUUGAAUAUAUUGAUGCCACUUUUAUUAGACGACAGUUCAAUACCGCUCUUCAAGCACUUCCAAUUGCGGAUCACGCAAAAAUAUGGCCCAUGUUCCUUAAAUGUGCUAAACAGAUAGGAGGGCCCACAAUGAUCACAGUAUAUUUAAGAUAUUGCAAUUUCAGAACUGCCGCAAAACAUUAUGAUGAGUAUUUAGUGAAUACGUUUAGUGCAAUUGAAAAAGAGAACGGGGAGAAGUCAGUUACCGAUCUUUCAACUGUGAUUAAUGAUCUUCUUCAACACGUGCAAACAUUUCAGCAGUUUGAGCUGCUUAAGAAGUACAUUGACACAUCGUUUAGUGACCUAAGGUUUGCAGUCAAACUUUCUAGACCGGAGCUUGAUGUUUACAAAGACUUAUUUUCUUGCCUCGUACGGAUAAGAAAAAAUCUAAAGAGAGCACAUGAAAAUGGUCACAUCAUGGAUGAACAUGCAGGCAAAAUGUAUAAUAAAAUGAAAGCAAAAUUUAAAGGUCAACAGGGGUCCAUAGUUACAAAGUAUGCAGAAUACUGGCUUGCUAGUGGAAAUUUCCUGAAAGUAAUUUCAACGUUUGAGCAUGGCCUCACAGAGUGCAUGACUAUUGAUGAUUUUACUAUCAUUUACGACUCAUAUGUUGACAUGAUGGAUUCACAUAUUGAGGUGAUAUCGGAUAAAUUGGACGAAGUUGAAGGCAUGGAAAACGAAGAUGCAAAUAACCUUAAUGCUACAUUGAACGUUUUGCUUCAACGGUACGAGGAUUUGCUUUCAAGACGGCCAUUUAUUAUCAACGAUGUAUAUUUGAGACAGGAUAAAAACAAUGUGCAAACAUGGCUUGACAGGGUGGAAAUAUACGACAAAGAAAAAGACUACAACAGGAUUGUCCAUUGCUAUCAGCAGGCCAUUUUGACAAUCGACGCACCAAAAGUUAGAGAACCUGAUUUGCUUCCCAAACUAUGGAUUGACUAUAUCAGAUUUACCGCAAAGGAAGAUCGAAAACGGCUUCGAAAGCUUUAUGCAACUGCUGUUAAGGUUCCAUAUCGAUUUGUAUCUGAUUUAGAGAAAAUAUGGUGCUCAUGGGUAGAAAUAGAGGCACAAGAUAAUUAUGAUCAAGCUUUACAAGUAAUCAAGAAGGCAGUGACGUUACCAAAUUCAGUUCUUUCUGGACGCACCGUAAACGAGAGGGAUAUAAGAUACGAUAAUGAUGAACUCAGUGCUCAGGUUAGAGCAUACAAAUCCGUUAGGUUAUGGUCUUUGUACCUCGACAUAGUGGAGAGCUCCGACGAUGUGACUCAAACAUGCAAUAUCUACGAUAAAGUGAUUGAGCUUAAGAUCGUGACACCAUUAAUGAUUUUGAACUACUGCAACUUUCUUGAAAAACACAGACUGUAUGAACGGUGCUUUCAAAUAUAUGAGAGAGGGGUGGCAAUAUUUAAAUAUCCGACCGUAUUUGAGAUUUGGAAUUCAUAUCUUACUGCUGCCGUCAAAUACAUGGACAAAUUGGCUAUUAAAAAGGAAAGAAUUAGGUCACUCUUUGACCAAUCACUUCAGAAUAGUCCCGAUAACUUUCGGAAAGCUAUCUACUUAAUGUAUUACGACUUUGAAGAUAAACAUGGAUCGAAACCAGAGUCUCUACGUGUUCUACGGGAGGCGAUCAAGGCAGUUGAAAAUCAAGAUGCCAAACUAGAUUUGUUCAAAAUGUUAGUUCUACAAACAAUCAAGUACAAAGGUCUUUCAAGUGCCAGUCAAUUAUAUGAAGACGCUUUGCAGGUUUGGCCAUUAUCUUCACCAGGCUUUAUCAAGGAUAUAGUUGCUGGAUUUGUCGAUGUAGAAGCUAGAUUGAGGAGAUUUAAGCGGUGUAGGGAAAUUCUUCAUUAUUCGUGCGAACUUGUUAUGAAAAAAAGCCGUUCUCAGAAAUCUCGUGAUCAGAUAUGGACACUUUUCAAGGACUUUGAGUUGGAAAAUGGUGAUGAGCAAACUUAUAAGGAGAUGCUUGGCUUUAAACGGCAUAUGGAGGCAAUUUCAUUGCCAAUCAUUCAGGAAAGAAUUGAAACAGGUCCAAAUGGGGGUGUCGACUUUGUUCAUUCGUCUAAUAAGGAGAGUGAAAAAUCCACAGACGAGCUUCCAAAACAGGAAACUGGAAAAAGUGCUGUUGCAAAUAAGGAUCAGAUCGAUAUUGAUAUGAGUCUUCUAGAGUGA